UUACCCCUCGGCGGCACCCGUAGAUUUACGGUAAAUACAGACGUGUAUUUAGGUGUCUGAUGGGUAGUCUCUCACGGAGAAUGUGACUCGUCGUUUAGGUAACAGUUUUUUUGCAAAGUUACACUGAUGAGUUCAAAGGAAAAUGUCAUCCGACUUAAUGCUAGACUUGGGAAAUUGUCAACAAUCGUCACUGAUGGAUAACGACUCGGGCAUCUUGUCCAUCGACCAUGGAGGAGAGUGGGAUAUAAGCUUGUUUGAUGAGCUGGGUAACCUGGGGGAUGCAGACGAGCUGCUUGAAGCUCUGGAGAGCGGCGGCUAUGCCAACGCAGGUCCAGAUCUGGACUUUGACAUCGAUAUUCCUUCGUGGGAUGAAAUUGAACCAAGAAGCACCUGCACAGAUGGUGAGGUGAGCGUGGACUCUCUGUCACCAGCUCACACUCUCAGCUCCGUCCCCUCUCCUGCCUCUCUGGAAGUUUUGUCUCCCUCUUCUUUCCAAGAUGAGGCUCUGUCUCCACAGCUCUCUCCAGUGUCCAUCUGCUCAGAGUCCAGUGGCUUUUCUGAAAUCUCUUUCCCACCGAAGAAAGCAGCAAAAAGGGCCACUCAGGGGACGCGAGUAAAAGCAGCUCAGCCUGUCAAAAGGCCCAUUCAGACGGGAACAAGGAUCGCCAUCCAGCCCAGACCUCUGAUUACAGCUGUGCCCUUGACCCCAGCAGCAGCGGCUCCUUUACAGGCCAAGACGAUCAUCAUCCAGCCUCUGCAGACCACCAUGCUGCCUGUGGUUAAACCCCCUCCAGUUACCAUUCAGCCAGCGCCCCCUGCAGGCCUUCCUGUUGUGCUGUCUCAGCCAAGCCAGUUGCUGCAGAUCCAGACGCCACACGCCGUUCCUGGUAGUGUGGUUGCCAUACCAACGCUCAGCCAGGACAAGCCUGUUCCUGUAGCUGCACCGCCACUGGUUUCUGUCACUCUUCGGACCCAUUCCUCAGAUGAAGAAUCAAAGUUCUCCCAGAGGCAGCAGCGCAUGAUAAAGAACCGGGAGUCUGCAUCUCUGUCUCGAAAGAAGAAGAAGGAGUACCUGCUCUCGCUGGAAGCUCGUCUGAAAGUGGCGUUAUCUGAAAACGAGGUGCUCAAGUGCGAGAAUGGCAACCUGAAGAAACAACUGGAGGGUCUGCUGAGUGAGAACACAGUACUGAAGGCAACGGCGCCUAAGAGGAGAGCGGUGUGUCUCAUGGUGGUCCUGGUGUUUCUGGUGCUUAAUGUUGGACCGAUGAGUCUGUUUCAGGAUGGCUCCAACACCAACUCAAAGGGUUUUCCUGUGCAGCCCAGUGGCAGACACCUGCUGGGUUUCUCACCAGAAGCAGACUCUGAUGUGAUGACAGACCCUCAGCCCAGCAGCAGAGCAUCAGUGAUGGCAAACGGUGCUGAGGAUAAGGCGCUGAUGGUUGUGAAAAGCCCCAUCUUUCUCAGACCGCCUCUCCCCUGCCAGCCUCCUGUCAACAGGACAAAGUGCAUUGAGCUGGCCCAUGAGUUGAGCGGUUGGGUCCAUCGUCAUGAGGUGCAGCACACCAAAUCCAGGCGCAGCCUCAAACCCAGCAGACCCGUUCUGCAGAAAGCCGAGGAUGAGGAGGCUGAUGUGGCUCAAAUUGUGACCGUCCCGUACGCUGAAACUACUGAGGAAAGGACUCCGGGCAGUGAGCUGCAGGUUUAUUAUGCUCCUCAGCACACCUACAGCGACUUUUUCGAUGAGCUCAAUCGUCGCCCCGACACCUUCUACGUGGUGUCUUUUCGAAGGGAUCAUCUCCUACUUCCUGCCACCAACCACAACAAAGGAAGUCGACCCAAGAUGUCUGUCGUGUUGCCAGCCAUGAACAUUAAGGACAGCAUCAUCAAGGACGAAGAGUUUGAGGUGAUGAUGCAGAUCGACUGUGAGGUGACCGACACCAGGAUUCUCCACAUCAGAUCCUCCAGCAUCCCACAUUUACUGAAGGUCAACCACACGGACACGUUUUACCAACACUCCACCACCGACAGCAAGGCUGUGCCUCCUGUUGGUGUCCUAAUGGGCUCUGCAUAAGAUCACUCCUCUACCAAACCCAGACCUACAAGAAUAAACCUCAGUUAGCUCACGUUUUUAUUGAUGAAGAAAAAGAUUAAUCUGUGAUUCCGUAGAUUUUAUGUGUUUUUGGUUUACACGGGCAUGCUUUGCAGAACUGUAGUUAAAACACAAAUGCAGCUUGGACUUUUGCACCGCUGAGCCUCGUUCCCGAUCAGGGCUGACAUCUGGGGCUAGUGUGUAACGAGAUCAGAGCAGAGGCGGGCUUCUUGUGCAGCAACACCGACUUCUCCCUGUACCCCGGACUUCCUGUGUGAACAAUAAUUGUUUGACAGCAGGGAGCUGAGCACUGACCCCUGAGUCACCUCAUCACAACAAAACACUUUCAACUCCCCUUCAGGCAGCCCUUUAUUUCCCCUCUCAACAAGUUUGGGUUAAGAAAGAAACAUUUGUGAUAUUAUAGUUUAGAAUCAAGUUGUUUUAUAAUGAAGACGGGCGACCUUUGUUUGUCUGAUUUAAACUAAGCUGAUUUUUGUUUUUGUCUUGUGAAGUAAACCCUACCUGAUUUUUAUCAUCGGCAGGAAAUGAUGCAUUUAAAGAACUCAGGAAGAUCGUCUGACGGCCUACAGGCUUUAUUUAAAUAUUCCAAGUGCUGUUUGCAGCACUUUGACAAAAUGCAUUUAAUACGUGAUUUUUGAGUUUUGCACUGUUUAUUUCCUUAUAUAUAAAUAAAAAUUCUUUAUUUUUUAAAUAUUUUAUGAAUGUACAACAAUGUUUAAAUACAACUCACUCUUUUGUUUUGUCAAAAAGAAAUUUCCUACUUUUUUUUUCUUUGUGGGAUUUUUAUUGUAAUUGUCAACAGAAACCUUUGAUAUUGUGUUUGUAAAACCAUAAAUGGUGGAUGGCUACAUUAUAAAUGUAAGUGCAUACAGAUUUCAGACAUGCUGAGUUUUAUAAGGUUACAUUUUGUUUUUUAAAUAAUUUAGGGAAUAUUCUUGAACGGUCAAGUUGAUGCUUGAUGUGCAACCACUGUUUUGUAAACUAAAACCUGACAAAUAUUAUCUACUAAUUGUUACAAUUUAUCAUAAGUUAUUGGUUUAUUGAAGUGCAGAGAAAGAGCGUUUAGUUUUAAUGUUAAAUGUCUUAGUCUGGGGCUUUUUACCGUGAAAACCUUUGAUAAUAGAUAUGAUUAGAAAUGGUAACUCCUUUUCAGAGAUUUUUUGGGGGGGGCUGUGUUGACAGAACAGCGUUUACUUUUCUAAAUAUUUCUUCCAGCAUCAUGUUUUCAUAUAGUUGUUUUCAGCUCCUAAAAAGUGUAGAAAAGCUGUUAUUGUUAGUUGCCAGGUGUUGUGUGAAGGUCCUUUCCUUUUUUCAGUUUCAAACAAACCCGUCAGAAUUUGGAUUCUCCAACCGAGCUCGAGUAAUAAUUUGUUGUGACUUGUUCUUCUGUGUGUUUUAAACCAAAAUAAACACUGGAUUUUCUUUAACUUUA